UGCAGCACACACGGACACUCCGAGGACGGGAAUGUGACUGUACAUCGAGGUUCUGGUGGGAUUUUGUUUUGUCUCGUCAGCGGGAUCAUGGGAGAGGAUAGGCGGAGAGUCGCUUCUGCCAUGCCGACCACUUGUGCUGCCGUGCUCCUCUUGGUGAUUACUUCAGUGUUUGCAGUAGAAGAGACAGUGAUGGAUACGAGGACGGCGACAGCCGAGCUGGGCUGGAUAUCGUUCCCUGCCAAUGGAUGGGAGGAGGUGAGCGGCUAUGAUGAGAACCUCAACACCAUCAGGACGUACCAGGUGUGCAAUGUUUUUGAGCCCAGCCAGAACAACUGGCUCCUCACGACGUAUAUCGACCGGCGGGCGGCGCAGCGCAUCUACGUGGAAAUCCGCUUCACAGUGCGCGACUGUGCCUCCAUCCCCAGUGUCCUGGGCUCCUGCAAGGAGACUUUCAACCUCUACUACCUUGAGACUGACAGGACUGUGUCAGAGGGCAUCAAAGGGGUGGAGUACUGGGCCAACGCACCUUUUCUUAAGGUGGACACCAUUGCAGCAGAUGAGAGUUUCUCCCAGGUUGAUUUUGGGGGGAGACUAAUGAAGGUGAACACAGAAGUGCGGAGUUUUGGGCCACUGUCCAAAGGCAGAGGCUUUCACUUGGCCUUCCAGGAUCUGGGUGCUUGCAUGUCCCUUCUGGCUGUCAGAGUUUUCUACAAGAAAUGCCCCAGCAUCGUGCAGAACUUUGCUUUCUUCCCAGAGACACUGACUGGAGCAGAAUCCACCUCAUUAGUCAUCGCCAGAGGAAGCUGCAUUCCCAACGCUGAGGAGGUGGACGUGCCCAUAAAGCUUUACUGCAACGGAGACGGAGAGUGGAUGGUUCCCAUCGGCAGCUGCAGCUGCCGAGCAGGUUAUGAACCAGACAAUGGCAACGUGUGUCGAGCCUGUCCUCAGGGAACCUUUAAGUCGUUCCAGGGGGGAGGCUUAUGUCAGCAAUGUCCGCUCAACAGUCGCUCCACCAUCGAGGCCGCCACCCUCUGUGGCUGUCGGAACGGCUAUUACCGCGGAGACAUGGACAAACCUGAGGACAUGUGCACCAGUGUCCCCUCAGCUCCCCGCAACGUGGUGUCACUCGUCAACCAGACGUCGCUGCUGCUGGAGUGGCACACGCCACGUGACACAGGACACCGCUUUGACCUGUCCUACAACGUCCUGUGCCGCCGCUGCCACAGCAACGAGCGGCGGGCGUGUCAGCCGUGCGAGGACAGCGUGGUGUUCGCUCCGGGGAAGCGGAUGUUAAAGGAAACGAGGGUUGAGAUCAGUAAGCUGAGGGCUCACACGUCGUAUACCUUCGACAUACAGGCAAUCAACGGUGUCUCCAACAAGAGCCCUUACCCCGCCCAGCAGUUGUCAAUCAACAUUACAACCAAUCAGGCUGCUCCCUCAGUCGUUCCCAUAAUGCACCAGGUGAGCUCAACGAGCCGCAGUUUCUCGUUGUCAUGGCCACCUCCUGAACAGCCCAAUGGAAUUAUCCUUGACUAUGAGAUACGCUACUAUGACAAGUCCCAGUCAUCAGACCUGAACAGUUCUGUGGUUCAAACAGAGACGCCCAACGUGGUUCUCGAAGGACUAAGGCCCGGCACGGGUUAUGUGGUUCAGGUGAGAGCCCGCACUGUGGCAGGCUAUGGAGUCUACAGUCGGGAGAUGCUCUUCCAAACGCUCACCGACGGUAAGUAUGAGUAUAAGUCAGAGCUGGGACAACAGCUCUCGCUGAUCGCAGGCUCUUUAGUUGGUGGGGUCUGUAUCGUCUCAUUGGUGGCUAUCGCCAUUAUCUGCUCCAGGAGAGGGCAGGUGAAGGAGAGUGUGUACGGUGACAAGCUGCCACAGUACAACACUGGAGGAGAGGGAAAUCUGAGGCCCGACAUGUUCAGUGAUCCAGCUCCGACUGUGACCUUUCCCUCCCUGUCUGAGGGCCACAACUCACCGGGGGUCAAGAUCUACAUUGACCCCUUCACCUACGAGGACCCCAACGAGGCUGUGCGAGAGUUUGCCAAGGAAAUUGAUCCUUCCUGCGUCAAAAUCGAGGAAGUCAUCGGCUCAGGUGAGUUUGGGGAGGUGUACAAAGGCCGCCUGAAGCCUAUUGGGAAAAAAGAAAUUCCCGUGGCUAUCAAGACCCUGAAGGUGGGCUACUCGGAGAGACAGAGGAGGGACUUCCUCUCGGAGGCGUCAAUCAUGGGCCAGUUCGACCAACCGAACAUCAUCAGGCUGGAGGGCGUGGUCACCAAGAGCAGGCCCACAAUGAUCAUCACGGAGUUCAUGGAGAAUGGGGCUCUCGACUCGUUCCUCAGGCAGAACGAUGGUCAGUUCCCAGUGAUCCAGUUGGUCGGUAUGCUGAGGGGCAUAGUGUCUGGAAUGAGGUACCUGGCGGAGAUGAGUUAUGUUCACCGGGACCUGGCGGCGCGCAACAUCCUGGUCAACAGCAACCUGGUGUGCAAAGUGUCCGACUUUGGCUUGUCUCGCUAUCUGGAGGAAGACGCUUCUGACCCCACGUACACCAGCUCACUGGGGGGUAAAAUCCCAGUCCGGUGGACAGCUCCAGAGGCCAUCGCCUACAGGAAGUUCACCUCAGCCUCAGAUGUCUGGAGUUAUGGCAUCGUCACCUGGGAGGUGAUGUCAUAUGGAGAAAGGCCUUACUGGGACAUGAGCAACCAAGAUGUGAUAAACGCCAUAGAGCAGGAUUUCAGGCUGCCUGCUCCCAUGGACUGCCCAGUCGUGCUGCACCAGCUGAUGCUGGACUGCUGGCAGAAAGACAGGAAUUCCCGGCCAAAGUUCCCUGAAAUUGUCAGCAUGUUGGACAAAAUGAUACGCAACCCUGUGUCUCUGAAAACUGGCACCAACAACGUGCCUCCCGGUCCUUCUCAUCACCCCUUGUUAGACCGCGGCGGUCCAGAUUUGAGCCGGGUGAGCUCAGUGGAAGACUGGUUGGCUGCUCUGAAGAUGACCCAGUACCGAGACUCCUUCCUCGGCUCCGGUUUCACGUCCUUGCCGCUUGUCACACAAAUCACUGCAGAAGAUCUUCAGAGGAUCGGCGUGUCUCUCGCCGGACACCAGAAGAAAAUCCUGACCAGCGUUCAGUCGAUGAGGCCCCACUCUGGUGACCAGUCUCCCACUGAAUCCGUGUAACCUCGCACGGCAGCAGUCACACCGUAUGAAAUAGUUUGACCAGUGUACAGUCUUUGAAUUUCUACUUUUUUCUUGACAUACUUUUGUUCGCUGCUCAUGGAGAUCUCCGUUUAUUGUCCUAUGGUUCUCUCAGUCUUUGAACAGAUCUCUCUCUCAGGCCAGUGGCCACUGAAAACUUAAAACAAAACAGAAGAAUCCAGAUCUCUCUGCUCUCACACGUCCCCAAGUCCUUCUCAUGAAAGAUAACACACUUCAACAACUUUCAACAACAUCAUUGCUGACGUGGCCUGGUUUUCAUUGAAGGAAAACUCAGAGAUGCUACUGUGAUGUUUAUGUGACGGCACACAGACCCUGGACCCAAAGCCUGACAAACAAAUCCAUGAAGCAACGCUGGAUGACGGAGGAUCCACAGCUACGGCUUUUUAAACUCCAUAAUGUUUCGCUCAAUGUGUUGAUGAAAAAUUGCUUAUAUCUUUGGAAUCCGGACCUGAGCCAAAAAAAAAAGGAACAUGGCACAUUUUUUUAAAAUCCAUCUUCAUAUUGAAGAGCCUGUACAUAUUAUAAUAUGGGAUGUUUGUUUCCUAUAAAACCCCACUUCACCUUUCCCCCUCUGCCAACAACGCUGGACAACUAAUUGUCACUGGAGUGUUUCGCUGUGAUUAUCUUCCUCUGUCUGACUCUUGACAGGCACAAACCUUGAAGUGAUGCGGGCUGUGGUCGCACAAAAAGGAAGGAAUGGAAAAAAGGAAAAAUCAUUUUGAUAGUGCUAUCUUUUAAAAUGUGUAACUCUGUCCUACUUAAAUAAUCCGUGUUCUCACAGGAAACUCAUUAUAAUGUAAUGCCAAAUCAAUCAGAAAAUGGCACCAAAGUUAUAAGUCGGGACAUAAAUUUUGUGUCAUCGAGGCGAAGCAACUUAGCAACAAAUGAAGAAAGAGCAGAGGAGGAGGAGGAGCAGGAGGAAGAGACUGGUGGUAUUGAGUCAUUACCAGCUGCUGAGAUGCACCUGUUGUGAAUGCACUUAAGUGGCCAGAAAAUCUCAAAAGACAGGGAUGGGGUGAGAAAAAAAGGCAUCGUCAGCCAACGUUCUUGUGAUUUGGCUGAAAAAGCCUCCAGCUGACUGCCAAUUUAAUACCCACAGAAGAACAAACCAGAGAGCCGGUGCUCACGUGCUGUCCACGCAUGAAAGAAAUCUCAUGUCUGUUCGGAACUGUACGGGUGCUGUCCAGAUGGUAAUCAUCACUGCAGCAGGCGGCGUUGGGAGUCUUUUUUUUUUUUUUUAGUGUUUUAAUAAUUAUCGGCUCAUGCAUUUCACGGUCACAUUUCCCAACUGACAUCGCUGAUUAAUACUGAUGUGUCACUGCACGAAACGGGAUGACGACGCGCAACCUUUUCAUGUUUUUAUCUGUGGCGGGUAACCUUUACAGUGUGUCAGAAAGGAAAAAGCAGUGAAAAUCAGCAUUAUAUUCAGUUAUUCAUUACUCAUGAAUGCUUACAUGUGACGUUUUUAUUAGUAUGUGGUAUAAUAAAGGCUGGAUCUCGCGAUGGAGCGCAUGUUGUGGCGACGCACUGGGAGAUCUCUUUUAUCUCGUGGCUUGAGCAGAUUACCAGCUGUGAAACAACAGCAGCCUCAAUCUGUCUCCAUCCCCCAAAACCUCUGGUCAUGCGUGUGCACUGGCAUCCUAAGGAUUACCACUCUGUAGCACCAAUUGGAUGUCAUGAUUUUUCAUCUGCUGCGAGCUGCACUCACAAAUGACAAAACACACAACACUGUGUUUGUGCUCGUCCCGCACCACUGGUCUGUGCUGCUGGGAUGCCCCAAAGUCUUUUAUUUAUCCAAGUUUUGACUUUGAGAGCUCCGUACGUAUCUUGUUUCCACAUUUUCCGACAAGACUCCGCUCCAUCUGUUGCCUGUCAAUGAAAGCUUAUUGGACAUUUUUAUCAAAAAGUAUAUAAAGCUCAAUUGAAACGCCACCUUAAAACCUUUCAUGCAAAGGAAAUGAACGCUAUCAACACGGGCAGGUGUCUGAAUACAUUAUGUAGCAUCUUGCAGCGACGCGUGUCUAUCCUUUGCGUCACACUGUGUGUUGUUGUCGUCUUCUGUUUAUCAAGGUGAGAUGCCACUUUCAUGUCACCGUGUCAGUGUUUGUGAAACGACAAAUGAAGACAGAUGAUGUACAGCACAUGUUUUGUAUUUACACGCCGACCGGCACAAAUAUUUACAGAGAGAAUAUCUCAGGAACACAAUUGUUGCAUCGGUGUAUCCUGCAAUGCGGAACAGGAUUAAUCAAAGGUGAAGUGCUUUAAGAGUUAAGGGAGAAAACUUUGAUAAGUUAGUGUUUCAAGUACUGAUUAAAAGAUAAAUCCAGCCCCCUUUUAAAGAAAGUUCCCUAUUACUAUUGCAAGUGGCAUUACUCUUCAAUGUGGAAACAGAGAGGUGUGCGUGCAGGUUGAUGAACAGUAGCCAGAGUUAAUGCACUGUCUGAUUAUAUUGAUUACAAUGCUGCUGAAAAUCUAGGCACAUCUUUUUCUUCAAGGAUAAAUUGAGUUUUAAAUCCUCUCAUUGGAAGGAGAAAGAUCCUCCUCCUUUCCUGUUAUUUGUCUUGUUUUACUGUACAUACAGUUGGCAGCACUAUAUGAAAAAUAUUAUUUCAGUGAAUGUGUGACUUUAGAUAAGAUCAAAUGUUGCUGUAAUCAUUCAUCCAUUUGUAAUAUAAAAACUGGCUCCUGGGGGCGUUGUGGAGAGUAUUGAGCCCGUUGCAUUGAUUGAGGGGAGUAGCAGGGUGGCGGAAAAUCCGACCUUUUAUUCACAAAAGUAUCCGCGCUGCUGCGACUGGAGUUGUUUUUUUGUUUUAAAGAAUGCUAUCACAUUCAAAAUGGCUGUGAAUGACCGUGUGUGGCCUUCGUACUGAUGACCACACCCCCUGCGGUGCUUCCUCAUCCCUCCUCCUUUACCCCUCUCAUUCACAGCUUCCCUGCCCACUUCUUGGCAUUUUCCAUAGAGUUGGCCUCAGAUCGUGGGGUCUGUUAUGCUUUGUUUACAUUCAGUGUUUCUCUCCAAAACAACAAAGAUGUAUCCUUUACGGAUUUGAGUCGACGUGCUGUCUGUACUUCCUUCCUGGUAUAUUCAGCUUUACAUUGUUUACAUUGCUGUUGACUUAAAAGCAGUUACUUCUUCUUCCUCCUCUUCUAAUAAUAACAAUGAUACUAGUUAAAAUAAUACUUUCCAGCAGCACUGCACAUAUAAUAUCAUACUCUGUCUACACUGGUAUUUAGUUUGAGUCACAAUGAAGGUUCAACGCUGACAAAGGCUUUUUGCCUUCUACUUUUAACAUAUAUAU